AAAAAAACGCGGAAGUACACUAACAUUGUUCCACCAGAGACUCCGUAGAACAAACCUGCUACUCUGUUUUGGGACAAUUAUUAUCCAGCUGCUCUCCCGCCGUAGCUCUGUCACACAACUAUUACCAGAUUGUGCGAUGGUUUCCACUCAGAGAUGACCUGCAGCCUACGCUUAUGAUCGACACACAAUCCCAUAUUUAGCAGGUCAAAUUUGAGGUUCCACACAGGGUGACCCAUGCUUUCUGAUGAGCUUGACUCCAAACCAGAGCUGCUGGUGCAGUUUGUACAGAACGCGUCCAUCCCCUUGGUGCAGGGUCUGGAGGACUCGGAGUCCAAACACUCCUGCCUGCCUCUGCUGGCUCCGGCUGAGAGCUCGCUGUGCAGCCCGCUGGAGCUCACAGAUGGAGGCCUGAGCCAUGAGCCUGAGAGUUCUCCCUCCCUGUCAGAGUUCGGAGGUGUGUCGGAGCGAAGCCCAUUAGUGGUCCAGACACACUCUCACCCACGGGCCUCACCCAGCCCCCCACCCAUACUCCAUGACCUACAACAGUCCGACAGCCCUUCCUACGUCCUACUGAACCUUGCAAAAGGCAUCACAGCCUCUUCAGAGUCACUGAUCUUUGCUGCAGAUGGCGCCGGGGAUGAUGACGACGAGGGGGUCUCAUCGGGAGACUACGGGAUAGAUGGCAGUGCUCCCUGGUAUCUGCGGGUACAAGAGCUGGCACAUGACAGCCUUAUUGCCGCCACGCGGGCACAGAUUGCGAGAGAUGCCAAGGCCAGCCAGGACGCCAGAGCUGCAAGUGUCAGUAAUGGUGACCACGCACACAGUUUGACAGCAGACGGGGACAAGCGAGAGCUGCCGCCUCGGACCAGCCGCCCCCUCUCCAAGCAGAUACUCCGCUGCUCGUUUGAGGGUUGCUGCAGGACGUUCACCUGGCCGGCUCAUCUCAAAUACCACCUCAAAACACACAGGAACGACCGAAUGUUCAGGUGCUGCGCAGAGGGCUGCGGGAAGAGCUUCUACGUGCUGCAGAGGCUGCAGGUUCACAUGAGGACCCACAACGGCGAGAAGCCCUUCAUCUGCAAGGAGAAGAACUGUGGCAAGAAGUUUACCACUGCUGGAAACUUGAAGAACCACAGACGCAUACACACAGGAGAGAAGCCUUUUCUGUGUGAAGCAGAUGGUUGUGGGCGAUCCUUUGCAGAGUAUUCCAGUCUACGAAAACACAUGCUCGUACAUUCUGGUGAGAAGCCUCACCACUGUGGGAUCUGUGGGAAGACUUUCUCUCAGUCCGGCAGCAGAAACGUCCACAUGAGGAAGAGACACGGAGAGGAGGGGCUCAGUAGUGAAAGCAGAGAAACAGGAGAGGCUCUAACACAAAGCAGCCUGCUGGAGGCAGACGGCGAAAACGGGGACAGUAUGGUCACCAUGACAACAACCGUGGAGCCCAUGAAUCUUCACCAUGCCAUGCUGAGAUCCCCAGGCUCUGCAGACUCGGUGGUGGUUCUCUCCCAGCCACAUGAAUUGGUGACCAUGACAACCGAAGGCCACGCAUAUGGAGAAGAUGUGGUGGCGCUGCUGUAGUGUGCCAUCAUGAAAAAUGUCACACACUGCCUAUU